UUUCUGUCCAUCACUGCUGUCAUGUUAUAUUUGUGUAUCUGUGUUUGAAUGUGUGGCAGGAGCGUUCCUGCUGUAUUCUCAAAAGAAGUUGGCCCAUCUGGAGCAGACAGAACAAGGAGGAGAACCAGAUGUCUGCGGUCGAAAGGCUUCUAUACUACAGCUCAUACAGCAGUGGCAGGCUCUGGAUGAUUCCAGCAGAUCCAAGUACAGCAGGAAGUCCUCCCGCUGCCCCGAGCCCUCUCUGGGCCAGUUACGGCCCGACGUCUGCUUCGGAUCGGUCUCUGAAAACUUCCACAGCAUCACAGAGAAAUACCUGCAGAGCGAAGGAAGGCGGAAACAGGACAGCAUCGACACAAACAGCCUCCGUCAGCUGCUGCACUACAAGUGGCAGCGCUCACUGUGUGACCCGGGUGAAGCAGUGGGUCUGCUUGCAGCUCAGUCUAUAGGGGAGCCCUCCACCCAGAUGACCCUCAACACCUUCCACUUUGCCGGCAGAGGAGAGAUGAACGUGACUCUGGGAAUCCCUCG